GCCUCCGUCCCGCGCCCCGCGGGGCUCCACGGGCCCCAUGCACGGCCCCGCUGCCCGCGGGCCCCCAGCCCGGGAGCAGGUGCCCGUCAUCCGCCACCGCGGCUCCAACACGCUGAAUUUCGACUUCCACGACCCCUCCCCAGCUGAGCACUUCCGAGCGGCCCCCAGAACCACAGCAAACGAGUGGUACCAGACCUGGCCGGCCAAGGAGGCGAAGGCGCCCAGCACCCCAGCACCCACUCAGGACCCCAUGCAGGGCCCGGGGGCUGCCGCGCCCCCACAUCCCACCCCCAGCUGCCCGCGGCCGCCGGGCUGGUCGGCCACGUGGACCAAGGACAGCAAGCGGCGGGAGAGGCGCUGGGUGAAGUACGACGGCAUCGGGCCGGUGGACGAGACGGGCAUGCCCAUCGCCUCGCGGUCGAGCGUUGACCGGCCCCGGGACUGGUACCGCAGCAUGUUCCAGCAGAUCCACCGCAAGCUGCCCGAGCCAGACUGGGACGCCCAGCACUGCCCCGCAGAGCCGCGGAGGAAAGGGCUGCCACCGGCCGAGCGCCCCGGUGUGCCCAACGGGACGGACUGGACCCAGUGGGGUGACCCCGGUGCCGACGCAGAGCCCGGCAGCAUUUUUGACUACGAACCGGGGAAAUCCUCAGUGCUGGAGCAGCCCGGGCAGCCCCCAGCAGCGGUGCCCCCAGCACGAGCUCAGCCCAUCGAGGUGCUGCUGCAGCAGGAGCUGGAGCAGCUCAGCGAGGAGCUGGACAAGGACAUGAGGGCCAUGGAGACGCGCCAGCAGCCCCGCAAGAGCUCGGCGGCUGCUCCCACCGCUCGCUCCCCUGCUCCGGCCUCUCCGGCGGCUCGGAGCCCGCUGUCCCCCCGCCGGCUGCAGAGCCCCCCCGGCGCCCACCACCCGCCCGCCAGCCCCGGCAUGGAGCGGGGGGGGCUGGGGCUGGCCGGGGAGCGGAGCCGCGCGGCCCCCAGCAGAGACCUCAGGCCCGGCACCCUCCCCAGCCUGUCGGACUUUGGGGACCCCGCAGAGGCUGUAAAGAGGGAGGAGAAGAAGAUGAAAGCUGCCCGCCUCAAGUUCGACUUCCAAGCUGAGUCACCCAAGGAGCUGACGCUGCAGAAGGGGGACAUCGUCUACAUCCACAAGGAGGUGGACAGGAACUGGCUGGAGGGCGAGCACCACGGCCGCGUGGGCAUCUUCCCCUCCAACUAUGUGGAGGUGCUGCCCCCCACCGAGGUGCCCAAGCCCAUCAAGGCGCCCAGCAUCCAGGUGCUGGAGUACGGCGAGGCCCUGGCGCUCUACAACUUCCGCGGGGAGCUGCCCGUCGAGCUCUCCUUCCGCAAGGGCGAGCGGGUCUGCCUGGUGCGCAGGGUGGACGAGAACUGGUACGAGGGGCGCAUCUCGGGCACCAGCCGCCAGGGCAUCUUCCCCGCCACCUACGUGCAGGUGCUGAAGGAGCCGCGGGUCAAAGCCUCCGCCGACGACUUCCCACCCUCGCCCGCCUCCGCCAGCCCCCGGCUCCCGGCCUUGUCCCCAUCCCCGCAGCACUCCCCCGGCCCCCGCGGCCCCCAGCUCUCUGCCGGCUCCCCCGGGACCCCGCGGCGGGUGACAGAUCGGGGUCCCGGUGAUCCCAGUGGGUGCCCGUCCUCGCCCCGCCACCUCGGUUUCGCCUUUCCCCCCUCCCCAAAGCUGCCCCGUGCUGGAGCCCCGGCCCCAAGCCCCUCACCAGCCCCCACCUGGCCCCCCGAGCAGCGCCCAGCCGUGGGGGCACCCACCAGCACUCCCCCUGCACCCACCCCGUCCUACAACGGCUCCGAAAUCCAGUGGACCCCGUACCGGGCGCUCUACCAGUACCGGCCCCAAAACGCCGACGAGCUGGAGCUGCAGGAAGGGGACCGCGUGGACGUCAUGCAGCAGUGCGAUGACGGCUGGUUCGUGGGCGUGUCCAGGAGGACGCAGAAAUUCGGCACUUUCCCCGGCAAUUACGUGGCGCCCGUGUGAGCUGCGGCGCGGAGCAGAGGAGCCACGGCCCCACGGGGACACGAAGCGCCUCCAGCUCCUGCUGCCCCUAUGGGGUGCCUCUAACAGGGACCAAUCCUCCGCCCAGUGCCUUAACCCGACCCCUCCUCGCCUCUGCCCGGUGCCUUAUCGCCCACCGCCCCGGUGGCCGUGCCUCUCCUUCCCUCUCCGGAUGGUGCUGGGGGGGGGGUCCCCGGUGGGUCCCCGGCCCGGCCGUGACGGCUGCGACUCGAGACGCCGGCCCGGGGCCGUGCCACGCGUGCCUUUGCUUCUUGUCCAUCAUUAAAGCUCAGCUCAGCCCGA